GGAACGGGGCAGUGAGUGCUCUGAGUUGUGGACUGCAGCCACCCUUCAGGCCUAAGGCAGAGGGCUGUGAGCUUUGAUUGCUCAAAACACUGCCCUGUCAGAAUGUUCUGGCUGCAACCUUGAAGAGGGAAUCUGUUGAAUUUUAUUUCUGGAAAACGAGCCAUUUCCCCAAGUUCCAGGGGACCUCUGGCGUCAGGCCCUGCGGUACCGUGAGCCCUGAGACAGACAACCUUCUUGCCCCAGUUCUGAGUCAUGACGGAUGCCAAAUACGUCCUGUGCCGAUGGGAGAAGCGAUUGUGGCCUGCAAAGGUUUUGGCCAGAACUGAGACUUCAGCGAAAAACAAGAGAAAAAAAGAAUUAUUUCUAGAUGUUCAAAUACUCUCGCUAAAGGAAAAGAUCCAGGUGAAGAGCUCUGCUGUGGAGGCGCUGCAGAAGUCACACAUCGAGAACAUUGCCGCCUUCCUGGCCUCUCAGAACGAAGUCCCGGCUACCCCCCUAGAGGAGCUGACCUACCGGCGCUCCCUGCGCGUGGCCCUGGACGUCUUGAACGAGAGAGGCAGCUUGAGUCCCGAAAGCCGUCAGAUGGAAGAUGGGACCAUGCUGUCUCAGAAAGAGAAGGCACUUGCAGAUUCGGCCUCUCCGCUCUCCCGUGCCCCGUCUCCAUCCGUUCUCGGUGAAGAUGGUCAAGAUGUGGUGGCCCAGUGCGCACCCAAGAGGAGGUGGGGCUGCGUGCCGCAAAGCCUGUCAGGGUUGCCUGCACUGGAAAAGAAACCUGGGUGCAAAGUGGGCCACAAGACAGCUCUCUCAAAGGACGGAACUCCGAGAACCCCAGUGCCUUCCCGCACUGCAGAUGGCUCCCAAGAUGGUUCUGGGUCACGGCUGGACCGUGGUCAGGAGGGCACAACCAAUAAGAGGCGGAGAAAUUUGGGAGAGAAACCUACCCGGCACCGAAGAACAGGGUCUAGCCUUUCCAAGGGAGAGGGUGUUGCAGAGAGCGAGGGUCAAGCUAGCUGUGUGAGCCCAGCUUCACCUAGGCUGCCCCCUCAAACCCAGGAGGAGGGUCCCUGUGCCACCGUCAAAGGCUGUGACCGGGUCAUGUCAUCAGGCAGUGGGCUGCCCCCAGCCUCUGACAGAGGCAGAGAACGCUCCGCAAAGCGGCCACGCUUGGAUUCAGGCCAAAACCCACCCACCAGGCAGCUGGGGACUAGAACUGUUGGGGCAGCGCCCUCCCCUAGGAGCCGUUCCGGGGAGGUCACGAUGCUUCGCAGCGCUGGAGACAGUGACAAAGCAGAGGAAGCAGAUCCUGUGUCCUCAGAAGAGUCCACAGGGCUCAAGUCCGUCCAGUCCCUGCUGGAGGAGGAGGAGGAGGAGGAGGAAGAGGAGGAGCCUCCCCGGAUACUUCUGUAUCAUGAACCGAGAUCAUUUGAAGUAGGAAUGCUGGUCUGGCUCAAAUACCAGAAGUACCCGUUCUGGCCAGCUGUGGUCAAGAGCGUUCGGCGGAGAGACAAGAAGGCCAGCGUGCUCUUCAUUGAGGGCAACAUGAACCCCAAGGGCCGAGGAAUCACUGUGUCGCUGCGAAGGCUCAAGCACUUCGACUGCAAGGAAAAGCACGCGCUGCUGGACAGAGCCAAGGAGGACUUCGCCCAGGCCAUCGGCUGGUGUGUCUCGCUUAUCACUGACUACCGGGUGCGCCUCGGCUGCGGCUCGUUCGCUGGGUCUUUCUUGGAGUAUUAUGCUGCUGAUAUCAGCUACCCUGUGCGCAAGUCCAUCCAGCAGGACGUCCUGGGGACAAGGUUUCCUCAGCUGGGCAAGGGGGACCCUGAGGCGCCUGCAGGGGACAGCCAGCCAGGACAGUGGCGGCCAUGCAGGAAGGUGCUGCCCGACCGCUCCAGGGCUGCGCGGGACAGAGCCAACCAGAAGCUGGUGGAGUACAUCGUGAAGGCCAAGGGCGCGGAGAGCCACCUGCGGGCCAUCCUCCACAGCCGCAAGCCCUCUCGGUGGCUGAAGAUGUUCCUGAGCUCCGGCCAGUACGUGACGUGUGUGGAAACGUACCUGGAGGAUGAGGCGCAGCUGGACGAGGUGGUGGGGUACCUGCAGGGCAUCUGCCGAGACAUGGACGGGGAGGUGCCUGCGAGCGGCAGCGGGGACCGCAUUCGCUUCAUCCUGGACGUGCUGCUGCCUGAGGCGAUCAUCUGCGCCAUUGCCGCCGUGGAGUCCGUAGACUACAAGACGGCGGAGCAGAAGUACAUCCGUGGCCCGACACUUAGCUACCGGGAGAAGGAGAUCUUUGACAAUGAGCUCCUGGAAGAGAGGAGCCGUCGCCGGCGCUGAGUCCGCAGCGUGCCCGAGGUCUCUGCGACAGUGUGCGAGAAGCAAGAGGCCUAGGAGUGACUUUGAUCUGUGCGUCCUGAUCUUUGCCCUUCAGCCCUGAGUCUGCAGGAUCAGGUGCCGUCAACGUACCGGAAGCCUGCUGGCAGCUACGAACACUCGCUUUCUGGAAGUUUCUGUUUGUGUACACGUGUAUGUUUGGUUUUUAUUUUUUUAAUUAUUUUGUUUAUAAAUGCGUUUGAAUGCA